AUGCGCUCUCCGGCUGCCACUCUCCUGGCAUGGCUAUAUCAUGGGCUCAUCAGUAGAAUUGUUCACUACAUCGACUCUAGCAUCAACUGUGCUUUGGAAACUGUGAAGCGAGUAAAACCCAGUUCGCCUCUCCAUACUUCGCCUUGCAUCACUCCUACGAACAGCUUCAAAUCGAGCAGAAUGAAGGUCAUCAUUGGCCUUGUCGCUCUUCUUGAGUUGGCAGGAGCCAUACCAUUGGUCGCAGAGCCAGAUACCGCACUCAAGAGCGAUAUCGCUCUUCAGAGCGAUACCACACUUGAGAGCCAAGCAGCCCAAGGUCUCCCAAGCGGCCUUUGCAUCUACAGCUUUUGCAAGCCUCUCAAGUGGAUGGGUAUAAGCGAGAAAAGCUACACAAACUGCAAAGCAACUUGUAAGAUACCGGGUAAAAUGCUGAAGGCUAGUUGCCCUCCUCUUUGCCAGGAAUUGGUUGGUAAAAUUCCUCUUGUGGGUGGCGCAACCGCUGCCAUUUGCACAAGAAUGUGUGAAGCGCUUUUCGAUGAUAAGGAUCCCCCCCCCCAGUCCUGCUACUUCGGUCGUUGUAUGGAGUUCUCCAUUGGAGUUUAA